CUUAAUCGCAGAGAAAGUCACAGCAGCACCCUGGCCACUGCUACAGAAAAUACUGGGAGCUCCUUGAAAACAGCAGCAGAUCUGUCAACUUGGGAUGGCAUGUAACAUAAGGCUCCCUCUUUUGGAGACCCAGUUGACGUGCCCAAUCUGCCUGGAAGUCUUUAAGGACCCUCUUAUGUUACAGUGUGGACACUCCUUCUGUAGGGACUGUUUGUGGGGCCUACUGAAAGAAACCGAGAUCAAUCUUUUGUGCCCUGUGUGCCGGCAAGCGGUCGACGACAGCUGCUUCCCUUCCAAUGUUACUGUUAAACACCUCAUCGAAACAUUGAAGUUGUUGAACGAGCAACAAACAGGGGCUGAGAACUGCCCCAUUCAUCACGAUCCACUGAGCUUGUACUGUGAGCAAGACCAGGAAAUUAUCUGCGGUCUAUGUGGCAUUAUUGGUGAUCACCACCAUCACCACAUCACACCGUUGACCAGUGUAUACAGCAGGAUGAAGGAGGAAGUGUCUACACUAAUAACCGAUGUACAGAAAGAAAGGAGAAAUUUGGAGGAGCACAUUAGUAAACUCACCAACAACAAGACCCGCAUUUCAAAUGAGUCUGAUGUGUUCCAGCGCUUGAUUAGCAAAGAGUUUCGGGAGCUACACAAAUACAUUGCAGAGGAGGAGUCACACUUCCUGGACAUGGUAGCGAGGAAGGCUGCUGAGCUCAUCAGAUCCAUUGAGUCUCAGCUCAUGCAGAAAAAUGAGAUCCUGAGAACAGUGCGUGAACGAGAAAGACAGCUGGAAAACUUGGGAAAUGAAAACCACCUGCAUUUCAUUCAGAAUUAUGCUGUGGUCACAUCUAAUUCACAGACACCUCUCCCACGCUCCGUUGAAAAGCCUUACACUGCUGUCUCUUUUAAGCCAGGGUUCCGACAAGAUGACAUCAAGCUCACCGUCUGGAAGCGCCUACACCGCAGAAUACUGCCAAGUCCAGAGAUUUUGAGGUUGGAUCCACUCACUGCACAUCCCCUUUUAGAGCUAUCCAAAGGAGACACUUUGGUGCAAUGCCGCUCACUUGCCUCCCGUCGGGGGAGCAACCCAGAAGGCUUUGGCCACAGCAGUUGUGUACUGGCAACACGUGGUUUUUCUACUGGGAAACAUUACUGGGAAGUUAUUGUUGGUUCGAAACAGAAAUGGAGAAUUGGUGUGGUCAAGGGCACAGUGAGUCGCAAAGGAAAGCUGAUUCGAGCCCCUGACGCUGGAGCUUGGCUCAUUGGACUUAAAGAGGGACGGUUCUAUGAAGCCUUUACAUCCCCCAGUGUCUCUCUACCCAUCAACACACGGCCACAGCGUAUUGGUAUCUUCCUGGAUUAUGAGAAGGGGGAGCUAACCUUUUAUAAUGCAGACAGCCCAGAUGAGCUGAUGCAAAUAUAUACCUUCCAAACAGAAUUCCAUGGCAAGCUCUAUCCUCUGUUUGAUGUAUGCUGGCAGGAUAGGGGCCCCAAUCCUCUGCCUAUUAUACUACCACAAGUAUAAAUAAGGGAUAAUGCCACGUUUGUGUAGAUGCCAUUAAAAUAUAUAUAAAAUGUCAUUCUGCCCCAGUGCUAGAUCUGUUUCUGGUCCUAUAGAAAUCUUAAGGAUGUAACAUUUCAAAGGGGUUGGAUUUAAGGGCAGCAAGAACAAAUUAUUAUUUUGAUAAUUAUGUGUUUUAUUGAUCUUUUCUGAAGACUGCUUUUUCAGAAACAAGGACAGGUUCAUGAUUAUGCUUCCAAAAUGUAUAUUAGAAUCUGAAAAAAACAAAAACUAAUAGUCUCUUCAAAACUGUAUUCGUGAAAUAAUUAUUGAGUUCAUAUGUUCGUAAAUCUAUCCUUCUAAAUGCAUGGCCAGUUGUUUUUUUUCUUUGAAAGUAUAAAUACGGCUAAACAAACAGUUUUAAAAUCAUUUAAUCUUUUAAUCCAGGACACCUAUAAGAAAUAAAUCUAGAAUUCAGGCCUGUAUAUAGAAAAACAGACUAUAGUGUCCCAAACAUUUGUAACCUAAAACCUGCAUUUUUAUAAUAAUUCCCUGUUUAAAGAUUUGAUUAGACACCCAACCUUUAUGUUCACCUUUAAGUACAUUUAACAUUGGCAGUGUUUGGUUUUUAUGUACUCAAUUAUUAUUAUUUUGUAAUUUAACAAAUGGAACUGUGAACUAAUCGUAUGGAAUCGACAAUAUGUGGAUUGUAUAUGACUGGGUAAUAAGUGUUUUUCUUAUUUAUUUUGCUAACAUCUAUAGCUAAUUACUGACAACAUACAUUAAAUAAAUCAUUUAAAAGAGUAAUUAGAUUAAACAGUUUUGUGAUGGGUGAGUUUUGAGCUGAAUCUGCCUGAUAAUAUAUUAUACUGGGCUUUUACUAAAUCUAGUGCAUGUAAAUAGCUAUACCUGUCAUUGGAUAUAUAGGGAUUGCCACAGGAUAUAGCAGAAGUGGUUGUACCUCCAAGUGAAUAUAUCGAGAGAUUCUGGACUGUCAUUUAAUCUAAGGAAUUUAAGAGGCUGUACUUGCUAUGCCUCUAAGGAUUGAUGGGAAUGAAUUUCCAGUGGUCCUGGAAUUCUACAUCAGUUUUAAAACCCGGUUCUGCUGCAAAGACAUUAUCUGAUGGUAGCUGACACAAGGACUUGGGUCUUUUAGGACCUACAAUAUGUCAGGCCUAUGACGAUAACAUGGGAUUUGCUAAACUCUGAAUUAAUUUUUUGUUCCAAGGACUGUUCUCCUCUGUUUGCGAUUCUACACUAAUGAACUUUAAAGCAAAUGCCUGGACAUUUUAAUACAUGAAUCACAUGUAGUCACUCUUGAAGCAGAUUUACUGAUUAAACUAAUAGCUUUAUGUUCUGUGACUGAAUAAAGGCCCAAUGUCUCCGUC